GUUUAUUAAACAUUUUUAAUAAAAAAUGUACGAAUUACCAAAAUAAAUAAAUGUAAAAUAUUUUAAAAUCUGUCAGUGAAGGGUUAAAGACGAGUGUUGGAAGCUUUUUAUGUAAAUUAAGCACCAAGAAAAAUUAACGAAAACCUGUUGCUGAGCUAAAGAGGGAAAAUUAUGUUCUCAAUUAAAACAUUUAAAAAUGUACUCUGCAUUUUUCUUGUAAUCGCAAUUGCAUCUGUAAAUGCUUUGGAAGAUGAUGAAGUGCAGAAGGUAUUCAAAGGGAAUGAAGUGGUACCUGACGUUAUACCAACGUCACCAAAACAGUUUCUUAAGGUAACUUAUGAAAAUGGUUUAACUGUUGAUAAAGGUGCCGAAUUGACCCCCACUCAAGUGAAAUCAGAGCCAAAAGUUGACUGGGUUGCAGAAGAAAAUACUUACUAUACGCUUAUAAUGACAGAUCCAGAUGCACCAAGUCGCACAAACCCUAAAUCACGUGAAUUUCAUCAUUGGCUCGUAGCUAAUAUACCCGGUAAUGCUGUUAGCCAAGGUGAAGUCAUAACAGCUUACGUAGGUUCUGGUCCACCAGAAGGUACGGGUCUACAUCGUUACGUGUUCUUGCUUUAUAAGCAGCCAAGCAAGUUGGAAUUUGAUGAACCACGUGUUAGCAAUCGAAGUCGCAAUAAUCGUCCUAAUUUCAGUGCCAAAAAGUUUGCGGAAAAAUAUAAUUUGGGUACACCAAUUGCUGGAAAUUUCUAUCAAGCACAGUGGGAUGAAUAUGUGCCAACUGUGCAUAAACAACUCUCAGGCAAUUAAAUUAAAUUCCAGCGUAUAUUUUUUUAUAUUGUGUUUAUUAAAAUAAUAGUAUUAUAAAUUAUUAAUG